GUUUUCGACAGUGAGACUCGCGUAUAGCAACUGCUGUGAAUAAGCCUUUUUUCUUUCCCGUUUUAAGUUUAAAAUACUGCUACUUUUAUCAUUUAAAACGAAAUAUUGAUAUAGAUACUUAUAUCCAAAAAAGUUUGAUAAUAAUUAUCAACCGAAGUACUUUUCCUUCGUGCUUUAAUUCUGUUUAGAAGUUGCAACUUGAGGCCCAGCGUUGUGCGCUCGAGUGGUCUUGAAAAGUUUGUUGUUGUCACGUGACGUGAUACAUAUGAGGCGAUAAAGUUUUCGUUUCGAUAUUAAAACUAGCUAGUUUAACAAUUAUACAAACAUUAAUCCAAGUUUUUUCUUACCACAAUGCCUCAACCAAAAUACAGGAAGAUCGCUGUGAUAGGGUACAGGUCUGUAGGGAAAUCUUCGCUUACAAUUCAAUUUGUGGAAGGACAGUUCGUAGAUUCCUAUGAUCCCACCAUCGAAAACACGUUCAACAAAAUGGUGUCUGUGAAUGGUCAAGACUUCAACCUUCAACUGGUGGAUACAGCUGGACAGGAUGAGUACUCAAUUUUUCCUCAGUCCCAUUCAAUGGAUAUUCAUGGUUAUGUCCUGGUCUAUUCUGUAACCUCCAUGAAAAGUUUUGAAGUUGUUCAGGUUCUUCAUGACAAGCUGCUAGAUAUGGUUGGAAAAAUACAAGUGCCAACUGUACUGGUUGGAAACAAAAAAGAUCUUCAUAUGGAAAGAAUGAUAAAGCCAGAGGAAGGUAAAAAGCUGGCUGACUCUUGGGGAGCUGCAUUCAUGGAGUCAUCUGCCAAGGAGAAUGAGACUGCUGUAGAGGUGUUCAAGAGGAUCAUUCUGGAGAUGGAGAAAGCCGAUGGGAACGGUCCUUCUGAGGAGAAGAAGUGUGCAGUGAUGUAAAAGGGUCUAACCAGGACAGCAGUAAGCUCAUUUGACCAAGACAGAAGACACAACAUCACCAGCCAUGACCUUACCAAUCAUGACCUUUCCAGCAACAAUAGACUGCAAAUGCAGUUUGCUCCUUGAAUGGAAUUCAGUAUUGAUUUACAAAGGUAGCCAGUUGCUUUGACGGCUGCUUUAAAAGCCCACAUAACCAGAUAUUUAGCAUCACUGUUGGCCUUUACCCAAAUAUAUGUAUGGAUGACAUAAACCAGACAGGAGAUUGCCAAAUGCACAAGCCCACAUUUAUUCAAGUGAGAUGGAUCCAAGAUAUUUUUUAUCUCUUGAUAACAAUCAACUAGCCAUGUAUCGGAAGUUGGAGCAGUGGCUAAUGUAGCUGUUAUCUAACUUUGCAUAAGCACAGAAAGGGCUGUAAAAGCCUUGAUUCCUACACAACAUGCCUGGGUUUUUUUUUUUUUACAAGGUCGUCUGUAUAUUUUCGCCAAUCCACUGGCCUUGAAGGGGAGAGACACAGUUCACACUGCUGUAUCUGUGGCAUUGGAACAUCACUAUCAUUCACAACUGGUCAAUGGAUGGGUCCUAGUAUGUGCUUGAACACAUUCUCUCAGUUUUUCACACAAGCUGUGUAGUGGAAUGUGCUCUAGCAUGGAUCAUUAUUUACAUUCUGUCAUUAUAAUUUUACGCAAAUCAUCUGUUGGUACUCAAGACCAGAACUUGUAUCAUGUCUUCAGGAAAAAAAAACAUAAUUAUUUUCUGAUACAUGUUGAUGUUUUUUUCAAGCUGUUCUGGUUGGCAGGAUUGGUCCAUGCUUUCUUCCCCUCAGAUUUAUCUGUCAUGUGACUGACUGUAGUAAUUGAGAUGUAAUUAUUCAGAAAACAGCCCUCUGAAGGAAAUUUAGAUUAGAGAAGAAUGGAAGAGAUCAGUUAUAUUUACAAGUUGUGGCCUUUUAAUCCCAGAGAACUAGGAUCGUAGACACAGGUUUGAUAGUGUUGUUUGUUAUAUUUUGAAAUUAUACAAAUUUGUUCAAUAUAUUGAAUUGAAUAUCUGCAAGUACACUACAUAGAAUAUGGAGUUGUAGUUUUUGCAUUCAUGUAAAUUCCUUAAAAUGGUGGACUGUAUAGCAGGUCAUGGGGGAUACAGGGUCUGCAGGGUUACUUUUGACAAACUGGAGAUCAUCAGGCAUAUGAAAUCCACCAGUUUUGCUUGACCUGCUUAGCCUUACCUACAAAUAAAUUAUAAUGAGCCUAUGCUUUUUAUAGAAAUGUACUCUCAUAUUGAACCAGUCCAUCCAAAAGAACAUUGUUACUACUACUUUCUUUUGGCGGGGGGUGGUUUAGUCAGUGAGUUGGUAAUUAAUGACGAAGAUAAGUUGGUGAUGCUGUGUCUUGUGCCUUACCCUUCUUCAAUCCCCCUUCCUCCACCUGCAUCCCAACAAGACUCAAGGUGCUCUUUAGGUUUUUUUUCUCCCUUCUCUGUUGACUUGGCCUCAUGGUGAGAACAGGUGGUGGUGUGAACCUGGACACCGAUAUCCCCAUGUCGGUCAUGUUAAUUCAGAAAUCUUGCUGUAAACAGUUUUGUAUAUAUAAAUAAAUCCUUUACUCCUUUAA